AUGACUUCUAAUUCUAUGAUUCUCUUGGUUAUUAUCUUCUUCACUCUUACCCUGACACACCUGACACCAACAAUUGGUCAGCCAGUACGAUCACGAUCUUCUCUUGACGACCGUUCGAGAAAAACGCCGUCAUACCAGAAUGACCGUUCCAGGAGAGAGCCUAAUCAACGGAAACCAUAUAAUCGUGAUGAUCGUUUAGGAAAAAAGUCCUAUCACAGAGACGAGCGUCAAACAAAGUACGAAUCUGCUCGUAAGGGUAAAUACGAAAUCAAAUAUCAAGAUUCAUAUAAUCGAGAUCGCUUAAGAAAAUCAUCAUACAGACUGCAUCGUCUGCAAAAAGGUAAUAACUCUGAUAAAGACUCAUACGCAGCAAAGUUUAGAAGUAACGCUGUUGACUCAUUCGCAGCAACCAUUGGAAGAAAACGUCGAGACAGGUCAAGUAUGGAAGCUGCUGAAAGACAAGACCGAAUGACGAACUAUGAGUAUGAGCUUGUUCAAAUUGCACGAAAGAAUCUUGAAUCAUCUGAAAAGGAGCUCAAGCGUUUGCAUAAAGACCAUGCGCAAUUCACUAUCUCUAGAGUUGAAGCAGAUAAGGCAGAAGUACCGAAGGGACAUACUAAUCGUAACGCUUGGGCUGACAAAUUUGUCGAACUAGAGAAGGCAAAGUCGAAUGUCAGAAGGCAUGAAACGGCUGGUAAUUAUUUGCAACAUGUCCCAGGCGUUAGUCAAGCUCUUCAUGAGCAAGCUGAUAGAUUAAAGAACGGAGCCAAUCGUUUGGAGAGCGAAAUGGUCAAGCUCAAGAGCGAAGGAAGCCAUGAUGAAGAUUUAAAAGAUGACCACCAUGGUAAAGAAUAUCUCAAAAAGUGGAAUUAUGACAAGAAGGUCGAAAAUUACAAACACCUCAUAGCUCUGGAUAAAUCAAUGAUAAGUAGGCAAGGAAAGCCUGUAAAACUUGGAAGGGCUAUCCCGCUUUUUCCGACAAUUUUGGGUAUGAAAUCGUAAACAGCAGUAGGAACACGUUCGUAUCUAGGAACGGUCAGGAAGAGCAAGGGAUAGUGCCGGGUACCACGAUUGCUGUUUACAAUUAUGAUCAUACUUUUGUCCGUGAGCAUUUUGCAAUCCGAAGGAGCCCCAAAG